AUGGAUGGAAUAUUAACGGGCAGCUCAGCGAAACCCGACCCGCAGCACUUGCCUAGGCCCCUCAAGAAGGAGGAAGAUGAUGAGCUUACUGCUGCUAGAUUAGUCGCCGAAGAUUGGGAGGUCAUUAAAUGGCUGCUCGACCACGGAGCGAACCCGAACGCGGCCUGUCGCUUGGAUCUCACUCCAAUGUCUUUCGCCGUUCAAAAUGCUUCCCUUCAAACUAUCAGCCUUUUAUUUGGCCGAGCAGGCGAUAUUAAAAGCGGACAAUUGAUCCACCACGCCAUUGAGCGGGAUGAGAACGUCAUCGAGGUGCUAAAUCAGCUCUUGCAGAAGGGCGCGCGCGUGAACGCAGUGAUGAAUGAGAAUCAUCAGCCCUCAUGGAAUUUACAAUAUUUCAAGGGGAUCGGCACUGCUCUGCACAGAGCUGCAGAGCUAGGAAAGGCGGAUGUAGCAGGCUAUCUCGUCCAGAAUGGGGCUGCUCACUCCCUUCAAGACUCAAAAAGACGGACAGCGCUUGAUUACGCAAGACGCUACAAUCAUCCUGAAAUUAUCGAGUUACUCCAAUCUUCGUAA